AUGUAUCAGAACAAGGAAAAAAAAGAUCAUGAAGAGGAGGGGAAAAGAAGUAUAGGGAUAAAAAAUCCAUCUGGUCACAGGAAUAAAAAAUACGGAAGAAAUAUAAAACAUGCUCCACCAGUGUAUAACAACAGAUAUAUAAACAAAUUUCAUAAGCGAAACAAUGAUUUAAGGAUAAAGAAAGGGAAUAAUGGAAUGAUGACUUUUAGUAAUUUGUCCCUAAAUAGUUGUCAUCAUAAUGUUAAAGGAGAUAAUAUAAAAGUUAAUCAAGUAUAUUUUAAUAAAAAUAAUAUGAACAGGAAUAAUAAAGAUAUUUUAAGAACAAGUGUGUACAAAAAAAAUUAUUUGGGGCAGGAUAAUAUUAACUAUAACAGUUUUAUAAAUUCACAAACACCUAUAUGUUCAUUACAUAUCGAGAAAACAGAAGAUGAUAUAAAAAAUCAAAUAAAAUAUAAUGAAACUGUUUACCUAAGCAAUCAUAAACAUAUUGUUAAAGAAGUAACUAAUUCCAGUUACCCUUCAUUUGUUGAAGAAAUUAAUUUUACCAACAAUUUAGUUCAAUUAUCUGCAAUUCUCAUUCUCUCAAAUAAUGAUAAAAUUUUCAACAAUUUAGAAUUUGAGGGAAAAACUACCCCAUCACCUAAUGAAUGCAAUCUAAGCAUCUAUGUUAAUGUUAUGAACAAAUAUACUUCUCAAUAUUAUAAGCAGUUGCACCCUGUCUCAUAUAAUUUUAAAAACAGACUUUUGUUUGCCAUACCAAGCACAUUAGCCAUUGUUGAUUCCUCUCUGCUAAUAGAUAAAAUAAUCAUUAAAGGAAAUUUUAAGGCGAUUUCCCUAAUUGUACUUGGUCAAAUUGAGGAAAUAAGUGACAAUUUAAUAUCCUACCGCGAAAACUUUUACGACAGCAAUUUAAGAAGCAAAAUAAAUGAAGAUACACUAGAUGUGGAAAACAUAGAUAUGGAAAAGGAUGAUAUGUAUAUCCCCAAGAAACCAGUUGACAUCAGAACUUAUAACAUUAACACAUUGAUAGAAGAGAAACUAAUUUCAAAGCAACCAAACAAUGAGUAUUAUUUUAACAAAAUCGAAUGGCCUUAUGAAGUUCAAACGAAUGAACAGAAUGAAACCUACGAAUCGCAAGAACUAGACCAACUUCAAAAUUUGUCCAAUUUGCUUGAAGAACAGUUUUUAAAUAACAACAUGUACCAAAGUGAAAACUUGAACCUCGAGUACACAAAUAGGGAGAAAAAAAAUAAAACCGAUCAAAAUUCUAACAACACAAAUGAGAAGGAAAAUGAGGAAGAAAUAAAAGGUGAAAACAAUAAAAUGGAAAAAUCAGAACAGCUGCAAAAUAACAGCAGUGAUAAUAGCAUAAGUAUGAAUUUAGAAGAAAAUGAAACAAAAUCUUCCAAUAAAAAAAACACCAUGGUAUAUUUCGUCCCACCAAACAACGAGCUCAUAAUAAAAAUAUUAAACGCGUUUACAGAAAUGUAUAAAGUAAAAAAACGAAUUUUUAAAAACAAGUUGUUACUUUAUAAAAAAAUUAUUAAAUAUGGAAUCAUGUGGAUGUUUUAUAUUUACAAUAAUAUAAAACAAGAUCAAGAUGAUUUCUUUUUGAAUUAUGCUAGAUAUACAGAAAUUAAAAUUUAUGAUAUAUUAGGAUGCUUGUUAUUGCUUAGAAGAUGUGCAUUAUAUUCUGAAUUAGUUAAAGAUAUAAUACAUAUGAAUUUCAACUCGCAUAUGAUAUAUUUGGAUCAACAAUGCCCCCAUGUCUUAAUCAAUUUAGUCAAUAUGCUUACUAUUAAUAACAUUUAUUUUUUUUCAUCAUGGAAAAUAAAAACUUCUAUACUAAAAACGCUCAUUGCCCUAAUAUCUGAUGCUUACGUUAUGAGCCAUUUUUGUAAUUAUGUGGAUGAAAAUGGAGAUACCCCAUACCAAAAGUUGUUAAAGUUGUCUUCAAGUAAUAAAAUGAAAAGCUACAACACCAAGAGACUGCUUGGAAUUAUCUUGUGCAGAGUGAAGUUAUAUGAACAGAUUAGGAGCUUCGAACAAACCAUUAUGCAAAUUAUAGUACAUAGAAGAAAGUACGAGAAGAAUCUGUUUAAUGAAAUUGUUACAUUAAAGAUAAUACACGAAUUGAAAAAUGUACACAAGGAAUUAUUUCAACAUAGUUGUAGGCCUGAGAGUAAAAAUAGUUGUUAUGAUGAACUGUAUGAAGACGAAAUUUUUAUUUUUGAUGAAGAAAAGAAAAAGACGAAGAAUUAUUAUAUACACAAAUUACAUAAUUAUGUAAUUUCAUAUCUACAAAGAAAUAAAUUUUUUAUUCUUUUUCUCUAUAUUUUAAAAGAAUUUGAAGAGUAUUUAAAAAAUACAUUAUUUUUAAAUUCGUAUGAUAUUUCAUUCGUAACAGUUGUGAACGACUUUUUAUUUUAUAUCCUCAACUGUUCAGGUGGAAUUCAUUUAUUAAUAAGUUACAAUUUCACGUUGUUUGAAAAAUUGUAUAAAAACAUGUGUCUAAUUAUAAAUAAAAAAAUGAAAGACUUAAAUUGCAAAAUGAAGGACUUAGGCAAAGGUCAAAAGAAUGACAAAACUGAGGAAAAAAUAAGCGACACAAUCAAAAUUAAAAAUACUAACAACAAUGAACUUGCAAAUGAUCCAGAGAAAAGUCAACUAUUUAAAAAUAUAUCAAACGAAUCAGCUUACAAUUCCUACGACACAGUACACCAAACCAAAUGUAAUAGAGCAGGUUAUCCAAAUGAAAAUAAUAUAUAUUCCAACGAAUUUGAAGACCCGUAUAGCGAAAAUAGCAAAAUGAUGAAGGGUGCAAAACAUAUGCCUGAGGUCGAAGAUGCAGUAGGAGCAGGAGCAGGAGGUGGUAGUGCAUCUACAAGUGGUAAAGGUGAUGGACCCAUCGCAAGUGUAACAAAUUUUAUGUCAACCAAUCAUGUUUGCGAAAAAAAUGAGGAACUGAAUAAUAACGGUGCAGAAAAUCAGAAAUACGAUUUCAUAUUUAACGAGAAAAACUUUUUUUAUGACAAUUGCAAGUGUAUUUGUACAUACAAUGACAUACUAAGAAAUAAGGAUAUUUCAGAUCAUUUAUAUUUGGACGGAUUUAACUAUAAAGAAAUGAAAAAUGCACGAAAUUAUUGUUCAUAUAUAUUAUGUGCGCUAAAAACAUUUUUUAAAACGAAUUUAUUAAUUGAAUUGUUUUUUAAUUCUGGAGAUAAUAUAUCCCUUGAGCAUUUAAAAUAUUUUAAUGUUCUCAGUUCAUACCCACUUCCCAAAUUGGCUCUUUUUAAUAAUUAUAAUUUUUAUCAUUUCUUCUUACAUCUAAUACAUCUGUUUUAUUAUUUUAUUUAUUUGGAAAAAUUAUAUGAAGAAGGUGUUACAAAUGAAGAUUCAGCAAUAAAAGGAAUCGCAUAUGUAAACAUGGGGAAUGAAAGAGAAAAGUCAACAAGUACAGAAAAGGAAAGUGAAAAGAUACCGACAGGACCAACUUGCAAUUCCAACACAUUGAACGAUUUAGAAAAAGAAUCCUCACAUGGAAAUAGAAACAUAUCAAAUAAUAUGAAAAACAAUCAACACUUAAAUAAGAACACAAACGAAUGCAUCUUAGUGACCAUUCGUUACCUCCUUGGAAUCAUUCAUAAUUUAAUUUUUUACGAUGAAUCUGGACAUUAUAUACAUCACUUGGGGUACUCCAUAUUUGUGUGCUUAGAAGAGAUAAAAAACAUCACUGGUGGUAAUAUAAAAAAGAAUAAAGAUUAUUCCUUUGGUAGUUUAAAUAAUAAAAACAUAAAUAAAAUCAUGCUAAAGGAUUAUAUAUGUAGUGAUAAGUUCUUUUAUAAUAACUACAUCUAUUUGUAUGAUAAUUUGAAAGGAUUAUAUUCUGACCUAUAUCGUUAUGAAAAGAAAAAAUUUUUUGAACUUGGAACAAGUAGAAAGAAGGAACUAUAUGAAAAUAGUCUUCAUACAAUCUUCAAUAAUAUGAGUAGAGGAACAGUACCAAUCGGUGAAACUUUGGAUGAAUGGCGUAACAUACCUCAACAAGUUGACGAUGCAACUGAACAGAGAUAUGAUGGAGAUUAUGAAUCUAAAUCUGAUUUCAUCAAAAGGAGAGAAUCGAAUUUUCCAGUUCGAAAUUUAAUAGAUCAAAUUAAAGAACGAAUAAGUAAAAAAGAAAAUAUGUACCAAAAUUUACCACCCCUAAAAUCAAAUUAUAUACCCAAUGUGACAAAAAUUAUUGAAAGCUGCAAUUUGGAAAAAGAUAAUAAAUACAUGUUGAAAAAAUCAAAAGAAUUAAAUAACUAUAAUUGUAAACUCAACAACGAUAUAUAUAUAAACAAUGCUUCCAAAAAUUGUACACGUUUGGGUAGUAGUAGUAGUACCACAAAUCAUCAGUAUGUAGAAUUACUAGAAGAGUUGGAUGAUAAUAAUACCAUUUCACAAAUUUUUUCUACAAGUAAAAAAAUAAACACAACCACAUACCCAUUUUUGUCACUAAACUUGUUGUAUUAUUACAUGAACUUGUGUUCAAACCUAAACUAUUUUGUUACAUUGUUUGAUGAAAAUGGGAGUACAGAAAAAGGCAUAAUGGAACCUCAAGGACAAGAAAAAUCCAUGAUGAAUAAAGAACAUGAUAAUUUCCUUUACCUCACCAAUGAGGGUAUUUUUUAUAAGGACCAGCAAGUAUGUUGCAAGAAUUAUAUAUUCAUAAAGAAUGAUAAAAUUGAUGAGACAAAUAAACCAAUAAAGUAUGAAAGUAUGACGACACGUGGUAACCAUAAAUAUAUGGAUAAACAUUCCAUGAAUAAUGAUUAUAUACCUUAUGAAAAUGCGAAAGAAAAAAAAAUAUAUAAUAAAAUACAAUCAGAAGAACAUUCCUUUUUGACAUCAGCAAAUUAUAUGAGAAAAUAUGAACAUGGAAAUUUUAAAAAUAUUGGAUCAUUAUUAUAUCUUGAAAAUAAUCUUGAAUUUAUAAUAAAAUUAAUAACUAAAUGUAUUUUUUAUUUAAAUGGAAAUAUAUUCAAAUUAGCAUUAUUAAAUUUUAACAAAAUGAGUGGAAAAAUACUAUAUAAAAUUUUAAAAAAUAGGUUAAAAACUUUAUACCUAGUUAAAUCGAUUUUAAAUAUUCUUUUUAAUUUCUUCUACAAUUUAACAGACAAUUCAAAUUCCAUUUCAUUAAAAUCGUAUAGAAAUAAUGAACUUUUCUACGCUUUACUUUAUUUAUUAAAUAAGUUGCUAAGUUUUACCGAUUGGCUCGGAUCAAAUAACAUAACGGAAUAUAAUCAUCACACAUCUAUAUUCCUUUUAAGAUAUAAUAUUAUUUACAUGUUAAGAAUUUUUUAUUUAUGGUUUAACAAAACAUCAGAUAAUCAAACUUUUCUUUUUCGUUCUGUAAUAAAAUACACAAGAAUUCUUCCUUCCUUUAGUACAUCUGGUAUGCUUUUGAUUCUAGCCUUCUUUGAUUUCAAAAAUAUUUUCCCCGAUUAUAUUUAUUCCUUUUUUCUUGCCAAUAAUUUGAAAGGCAUAUGUUACGACAGCUGUGACAACAGUACAUCACAGGCUCAGUUGACCAGAGAACAACACCAGAACUACAUUCAGGAGGAGGCAUAUCAACAGGAGGAGAUGAAGCUCGAUGACUCAGAGUUCGAGUACAGUCAAGAUGCAGAAGUGGACGAAGUGCUAGAUGCUGAAGUGGACGAAGUGCUAGAGGAAGAAAUGGGCGAAGUGGUAGAAGCAGAAGUGGACGAGGUGGCAGAUGCAGAAGUGGACGAGGUGGCAGAUGCAGAAGUGGACGAGGUGGCAGAUGCAAAAAUGGAUCAAGAAGACAAUAUCUGUGUUGUAGAGAAACAUAGUCAGGUGGAGGAAGCUAACCAGGUAGGGGGAAGCCCAAAAAAAAUUAGAGGUAGAAAACGAAGAAAAAAUCUAAAUAAUAACAAGAAUGUUCAAGAAAUGGUUACAUCUUCCCAAUGUGAUGUAGUAGAACACAAGGAAGUAGAAGAUACAUCGAAAGAGAAAUUGACAAAUAACAAUAACCCUGUAUCAGAGAAUAUAACGAAUGAUAACAUAGCACAUUCUGAAGGUCUGAUACCAAACAGAUUUUCGUACAUGGAUCAAAAGAAAAAUUAUGGAAAUUUCUCUAGCAAAAAUAAAUAUCCCAUUUCUACGUAUAACAAAAGGAUCAUAUGCAGAAACAAUCGCAAUGUAUUUGACCAUUAUAUACAAAUUCUGAAUCAACCCCGUGACAGCUUCCUAAGUGACAUGGAGGAUGAGGAACAAGAGCAGGAUGAACAGAAUAUAUCAGAGCAACAUGCUGAAGGCGAAACACUUAUGAAUCGAAGGAGUGAAACAGAGCAACGAAUGGAAGGAUCGCCUGAAAUCAUAUCUAAUGAUGACUCGAAUUACCAUUAUUAUGCAAAAAAUUCAAAGGAUAAACUUAUGGGUGAUAAAAGCACAGAUAAUUGUAGGAAAACGAAUGAUAUAUCCUAUAGUGAAGAAAUGAAUGCAGAAGAAAAUGGAAUACAUAAGAAGAACCCCAAGUUAGAAUUAUAUACAGAUCCAAUCAUCGAUAUGAAGAACGAACUAAAUGAGGAAACGAACGAAGGAAGAAGAAGCUUGGAGAGGGUUGUCCUAUAUUGUAAACUGGAUGAUACAUUUCAAACAAAGGAAGAUAAAACCUUAUAUCUAUGCUGUGAUAUAAAUAUAAAGAAGCGAAUUUUAAGUGAAUAUGAAUGUGAACAAUUUCGAGUUCUGAAUUUAACGCAUUCAACAGAUGAUUAUGAAGAAAUACUGGAUGGAGAAAGAAAAAACAUGGAUCAAGUGCUUUAUUAUAACAACAAAUCCAUGAUAGGAAAUCUGUCACUUAACUUUAGUGAUGUGGAAGAAGAGGAGAAUAAAGGAAAUAAUAAUAAAAACAAGAAUAGUAAUAAUAUUAAUAAUAAUAGUAAUAGUAAUAUGGAUUCAAAAAGUCAUAACAAUUUUGACAUAUUAGAUAAUGAUAUUUUGUCAAAAAAUUAUAUUGGAAAUAACUUAAAAGGAAUUUCAUUUCUAUCUACGUAUAAAGUUCCAUUUAAGAAAUGCAAGGACACAUCAAAUUCUUAUAACAGCAAAGACAAAAAUAUGCAGUGGUGGGGGGCGGAGGGAAACACCUCAUUUUUAUCUCCUCUUCAAUCAAAGGGUAAAAGUGAUAAUGAGGAUCGAUUCCUUCAAAAUCAUUUUUCUUUCAAUAAUUUUAAAUAUAAUGCGAAUGAAAUAAUUUCAAAGGACAAACUGAAUAAUAGUGAGGAUUACGAUCACGAUCUGUAUUACUCAAGUCAUGGAGAAAAAAGAGAAGGAAAAGAAGAUAAUCGUCGCAUAUGGAAAGAGGAAUCUGAACUGAUAAUAGAUGGAAGACAAGGGAAUAAGAGAAUCAAUGUAAUUCCAGAUAAAUCCAUAACUGUUAGCGUGACAUGUCCUUAUUCAAUUAAAAAUUUUGUAGAAAAUAAUGAAGAAAACUAUGCAGAAUAUAUCUUAAAGAAACUGAGAAAAAAUGAACAUUUAAUUGAACAUCAUAUUAAUAUGAACAGAUUAAACGAAAGCGAAAAAGAAAAAAUACAUUUAAUAAAAAAAGAAUUAAAAAUAAGAGAAUAUACAAAUUUUGAAGACUUAUGUGAUUAUAUUAAUUUUAUUAUAAGAAUAAGUAAAACGAAUAAUGUAAUUGGUCGUUGUUUAAGUACCUAUUGCUGUGUUCUUUUGAUUAAUCAUAGAAUCCCAAUUUUUUCAAUUCUUUUUAAUCAUAUUUACAGCAUUGUGAACAAACUAAAAAAUCUAAAUUUGUAUAAUUCUAAUAAUAAUGAUGAUCACACUAGUAUAUGUAUGAAUAAAAUUAAUUUCUACUCUUUCUAUUCUUACAAUAGUACGCAGUUGAAAAAUAUUUAUUAUACUUACAAUAAGGAAAUCUAUCAUUUGAAAGAGUUAUCCAAUAUUUUUUCAUUUCUUCUUGAAAUAUUUCACAUUUGCUUCUUUAACAAUUAUAAAAAUAAUUAUAACAAGUUAAUAAAACUUAUUUAUCUACCUUGUAAAAAAAUGCUUGACAUUCUCUAUGAUCUAAUCCAUAGUUUGAAUGAAGUCUUUCCUCAAGAACUUUUACGAUAUGUAAUAAAACUUUCAGCUACUAUUUUUAGAGGUUAUAGUUAUGUAUUAUUCGUCUUCUUCAAUAAACAUGUCAUUUUACAAGAUCAUUUAUGCCAUCCCCAUGGAUACACAAAUGAUUAUUCAUUAUUGCAUCUACAAGAUUGUCUUUUCAUACACAAAAAUCAGAUUCACGCAAGGAAUUUACAAAUAGACGAGGAUAGCAUAAAUCAGAGAGAACAAAAGCAAUACAUAAUCGAAAGCACAAAUGAAAAAUCAUUUUACAGCCAAAAAAAAGUCCUUGUGUCAUGUCCUAAUUAUAUAAAAUAUAUAAAGUUUUUUUUAAAAUAUUAUUUCGAAUUAAUAAACACAAAAAAUGUGAUUGAUGAUAAUAAUAAAAAGGAAGUUCUAUACAAAUAUUCACAUUACGUGGAUCUGAAAACAUUACAUCUUUGCUUGAUAAAUAUUUACGAAAUUGUAAAAAAUCGAAUUUUUUUUUUUUUCUCCGUCUUUAAAGUUCAAAAGGGACUUGUUAACUUAUUUUUUAGAUACAUACAUAAAUGUAAAAAUGGAAAAAAAAAUUGUACACACAUAUUUGAAAACGAAAGUGGAAGAAACAAUGCUAAUGCUUCAAUGCAAAAAAACAUGAACAUUUUUCCUGAAAUAAGAGAAUUGAAAGAAAGAGAAUUACCAUUCAUAUACGUGUUCGAUUUUUACAUAAAAAUAAACAAACACAUAAACCUUUCAUAUUUAUUAGAAUUUUUUACUCUCUUUUUUAACAUUAUCCAAGAUAUAGAUUACAAAAUUAUUCAGCUAUAUCAGUACAUAAAUGCCACAGAUAUUAUAUUAAACAUAAUUAGUCAAAUUAUCGAUUACAAUUUUAAUUCCCUCUUCAUCCUUCACCACUUGGUUUCUCCAGACCUGUCAUUAACAAUGCUGUAUGUAAACAAAGUUCUAAAAAUGCAUCACAAGGAAGUGCAGCUUUUCGAAGCAGAACAAGAGAAAGAGGAAAAAGAGGCCACCACACUAAAACACAAUAACGAUUUAAAUGCUCAGUUUAAAAAUAGAAGUGUAAAUAAAAUGGACAUUAAUGCAAAAAAGAAAACAAAAAAAAUAUCACACCUUCCGAAUGUUAACGAUUUUAAAAAGAACUUCUUAUCAAAUUUUCUGAAUAGCCUGGAAAACCUACACCGUUGUAUUGUGGACAAUCAAAUGCAUGAUAAUAAAUCUCACUCCAAAAGUGAGUCAAACGAUAUGAACGUUGACAACUUCCAAAAGAAUCGAAGCAACCAAUGUGAUGCAGAUCCUACCCAAAAUAACAACAGUGAUGUUAACCAAUCGAACAAUAAAAUGAGACAAAAUGAAGAAAAGAAGAAUAAUAACCCUGCCCAUAUAAAUGGUAACAUAUCCAUUGAUAACAUUGCAGGAAAUUACACGAAAAUAUCCAUACUUCAUCUCCUAUCAAACACUGUUUUAAAUCUAAUUCAAAAAGUAAAGUUAAUUAAACAAAGAGUACUUGUUUUAAACACAUGCUAUGUCCCUGCAAUAACGUUUAAGAAUUUCCUUCUCUUUUUGUGCUAUGAUUUGAAUGAGUUAAAAAAAUUCUACAGGUCACAGAAUUCUAAAAGAAGUUUCUCAGAGGCACAAGAAUUAUGUACUGAAUUUAUUGAAAACAGAAGACGACGAACUGAUGGAGCAGAAACUAUCAUCUCCUCUGAAAUGGUAGACAAACAAAUAAAAAAACACUCUGAGGAGGAUGCGAAAAACACAGGAGAGGAGGAGAAGGAGGAGGAGAAGGAGGAGGAGAAGGAGGAGGAGAAGGAGGAGGAGAAGGAGGAGGAGAAGGAGGAGGAGAAGGAGGAGGAGAAGGUGGAGAAGAAGAAGAAGAAGGGGGAUAAUGGUCCCAAUACGAAAGAGGAAAUUUGCAAAGGUGAAGAAUAUAAAAAAACAGGACCCACCAAUCUGGUAGAAGUAACUAAAUUGAAUGAUGUGAAUAAGACUAUUAUAAAAAAAUUGGAAUCCAAAGAUUAUUCUUUUUUCUUUGAUUACAUUUUUAACGACAUGGAUUUUACUCUAAAUAAUCAAUUUUUAUUUAAAAAAUUAAGCCAUAUUUUUUACUCUCCAUAUAUUCUUAACAAAGUAACAAAGUCUUUUGAAUCCCACCAACAUUUAGAUAACAACUAUUUAAUAACAGUAAAAAAUAUGAAUGCAAAUAAUUUUAUGCCUUCAGUUAAUAAAAAGUUGUAUGACUACUGUUCCCAUCUAUUUUCGGAUAUUCAAUCAAGGAUAUAUUUAAAUGAAAAUGAUGAAGAUAGAAAUAAUUUUACACUAUUUAACGUUUCACAAGAAAGUAAAUCAAAAGAAAUUGAUGAAAGCCAUGCCCUAUAUAAUUACAUUAACUUACUUAAGGAAGAAUACAAUAAAUUGCAGAAAAAAAAAAUGGAUGCCACGAAUGCUCAGAAUACACAGACAAAAACAGUCAAACCAUUCAAGAGAAAUGACAAAAACAAUUUUGAAGAUCAUUUUAGAAAUAGAAAAACCGUUUCCUCACGGGCCCCUUCAAAACACGUAGAUGAUUAUGAGGCUGCCAAUGCUGCCACAAGUACAACACCAAAUGAGGCGAAAAAUAAGGGAAAAGAAAACGAAAAAGAAAACGAAAAAGAAAACGAAAAAGACAACGAAAAAGAAAAAAAAAAGGAAAAUGAAACAGAAAACGAAAACGAGCAAAUUGUUAAAGAAAUUAAUGAAAAUUCUAUUGAGAGCACAAACAAAGGUGAUAUCAAAACUGUUCCAAAAGGUGGACUAAAAAAUACUUCUAGAAAAAAUAUGCAUCCUCAAAAUAAAAACAAAAUGAACAUUACUCAGAACAAAGUUUACAAAAUGAAUAACUUAAACAACAGUAGAAUUAACACUCACCUUAAUGACAACACCCAUGGUCAUGACAUUCCCAACCUGUCCAAAAACAUGAACACUAUGAAGAACGAUAUUUACACUACAGCUUCAGUGGAAAUGUCUAACAGAAGGAAUAACCAGAAGGAUUCCAAUGUUAGGAGCACUGGUGAAUACAUUUCCGGAGAAAGCAUGGGUGAGUAUCAGCAUGAGUCGAAUUAUGAUUCCAAUUUUGAACCCAAUUAUGAAUCAAACCAUGAACCAAAUUAUGAAUCGAACCAUGAACCAAAUUAUGAAUCCAACUAUGAACCAAAUUAUGAAUCCAACUAUGACAUCAACUAUGAGGCAAACUUGGACAACUACGACAUCUACAAUCACUACGAUCCCAACGAUAAUAUGAAUAGUAACAAUUACAACAUCACUGAAGAUGAUACGAAUCCAUAUGAUCCCAGAAACCAUUUUACCAGGGACAAUAAUGUCGAAAAUAAUGCAUCGAACAAAUCAAGUCAUCCCAAUGACAUUUAUGACUCGAAUUCCUCCAUGACCCAUAGUUAUAACAACCAAAAUGAUUUCAAAAAAGAUAAUAUAGAAAAUAAUAAUAACUCAAAUAAUUACCAUAUAAAUAUGCAUAAGGAUAACAAUUAUGGUAUAUCAUCCCAUGAUGGAAAAAAUAUGAACUAUAUAGAAAGUAAUACUAUUGUUAAUGCUAAUGUUAAUGUGAAUAAUAUAGGAAACAAUGAAAAGGAUAAUAACAAUAAUUCUCGAAAAGAUGAACAUAUUGAAUCCAACGAAAUGGUUAAUAAAAAUUCCCAGUUCGAAGAUUGCACUUGUUACAAAUUUAAUUUGCUUGGGUGGAAAGAAUUUUCAGAAGAUGGUCAUAAAAAUGAUUUAGAUGUUUGUAAAAUUGUAAACAAACCUGUUUUGUUAAGAGAUCCAAGAAUUAAAAUGAAAUUUCUUAAAAUUCUGGAUAGGCAUAAAAAUAUUAAAGAUAUAUUUAAAAAGUUGGGUGUCGACAUAAAAUGA